UGGUGGAGACGAGAGACGAGAGACGAAGCGUAAGAAGAGCCCGUGCCUGCUUCUGCUUCGUGAACGACGCGCAACGCUACAGAGCGCGCCUCGGAAUCGGAGCGCGCAAUGCGCGUGGGGGGAAGCUGCAGCGAUCGCAUUCUCUCUUCACCGAGCAAUGCCGCCGAAGCCAUGGUUGCAGGAGGAGGAGGAGGAGAGGAGGAGGAAAGAGUGGAGGAGAGCUCAGAGGAGGGAGAUUCUUUUAGAGAAGUUUUGGAGGGAUUCUAGGGAAGGAAAGGGAGUGGGGAGGAAGGGAAAUGAGGAGGUUGGGAAAGCACGGAAGAAGAGGAUGCAGAGCCCAAAGAAGCAGAAACUAAUGUGCAUGGACUACAGCAACAAGUGUUUGAGGACUCAUGGAGACAAUGCCUCUUCUUCUUCAUUGUCUCCUCCUGCUGCUCUUCCUCCUACUCCUCCUACUACUACUACCAUUGCAUUGUCCUUUUUUAAGAUCAUGCUUGGUGAUUUCACUGAAUUGUUGUUUAUACCACCAAAAUUUGCUCCGGCAUUAGGAGGCUUGAUUGAUCAGAAUAUUUGCCUUCAAAAUUCGUUUGGACAACGUUGGAGGGUGAAAAUAGCUUUAGUACAUGGCUCCUUGGCCUUUGCUCAUGGAUGGAGGAAUUUUGUGUUGGAUCAUGUCAUCAAAGUAGGUGAACUUUUGAUAUUCAAACAUGUUAGCAAGAGAGUCAUUUCUGCCCAGAUUUUUGCUACUAGCUCCUGUGAAAGGCUACAUUUCUGUGAGAAGAGUAAAAAAGUUAUCCGUAAAAGGAAGAAAAUAGAUGAAUUAUUUCCUGAUAAUUUGUGUUCAAAUAAGAAUCACAGCAGCUGUAAAGCAUCAGAAGAGAAGCAAUACUUUGUUGACGAUGAUUCACUGACAAAAGAAAGGAUUGUAAGAGCUGGUCCUUGUGAUUUGUCUGGCAUUACAAUAGCUGAAAGCAACUGCAUUGCAAAAGGUGUGGGAGAGGGUAUAAGUCCAAGUGAUAAGUCUCAUCACAAUAACAGCUCAAUGCUGCAAAUUGAGUCCAGAGUGAACCGCACUGAAACAAUAUGCCACUUAAAUGAUGAAAAUUCUACAAGGAUGCCGCAAGCAGGUGAAGAUUCUGCUCAUAACCUAUCUAAUAUUAGCCCCAAGGGAACAUCAAUAGCUGACUGUAGUGAAGCUAGGGCCAAAACUCGGUGUGAGUCUAGUUCAGCCAUCAUUACCCAUCCUCUUACUGAAUCAAUGAUAGACUUCACAGAAGGACCAAAUGGAACAGAAAAAGAUCAGAUGGGAAAAGGGGGAAUGCACAAAACCAAUGCAAUCGACUUGUCUGAACCUGGAAUAACUUAUGGUAAAGUUGAUUCAGUAAAGAUCACUGAGAACAGCUUCUCAGUAUCUCAGGCUUCAAAUACAAAUUACACUGAGAAUGAUCAUGUAAAUCUGAGUACGUCAAAGGAGUUUCUAUGCAAGAAUCAUUCAGAGGAAGGGAUAUGUUAUGAUGUUGAUGAAGAUUCAAUGGAUAAACUUGGAGUGUGUCGAGAUGCUUUUACUGAUUUGUGUUAUAAUAAAAAGGAUGCUACUGUAUUGCAAGCUGAUAAAGCGGCUACAAAAAGAAAAUAUGGAUCUUGUUCUGAAAAUAACCAUGAUAUACCUGUCAAUGCACUCGUCAUGAAUUCCAUAAAUGAUGACAUGAAAAAUCUGAGGUCGUUCCCUGAAGAUACUCAGUCUGGAGGGAAAAUGGAAAAUGCCCCACCUGGAGCUGAUGGAAAUGCCUCUCAGAGCAUGAUUAAUUUGCCUGCUUUCCAUAAAGAUCUUGAUAUUAUGAAAGACUCUGGAGUCGUGCUUCAUUCAUUCCUACAAGUUGAUGAGGAAAAUGUUACUACAUAUUCAGAAGGGAAAUGUUUGAAAGCUGUGAAAACUGAAAUCGUGGAUCCUGUUGACCUUCCAACCCUAAAUUAUGGCAACAUAAGAUUUUCCAUAUCUGUAAAUGCUUGGUCUUGGCUUGAGUUGCCUGACAGAUUGCCAUUCCGCCUGGGGAAAAAGAGAUAUGAAAGGAAGGUGGUCACGCUUCGGGAUCCAUGCAUGCGAUUGUGGCCUGUCCUGUACCAUGAGAGCCUCAAGUUUGUUGGCUUCACUGGUGGUUGGGAAGAUUUCUCCAAGGCAAACAACCUUCAAAAAGGAGAUACCUGUCAAUUUGAAUUUCACAAAGCACCAGAACCAACACUUAAUGUGCAGAUCUUUAGAUCAUAGGAUCCAAUUUCAAUCAAACUAUUCUUAAAAUAAUCCCAACUAUAAAUUUCCGCGAUGAUCAGGACCUCCCAAAUGAUCAUAUUAGUUGGGUUAUUAGUCGCAGUUCUUUUAUUUUCUAUCCUGAGAACCUAGUACUCUGGAAUUUUGUUUUUCCUGACUCUGGAUGAAUAUUUGCUUCAUCUCAGCCUGAUCCUCUAGAAAAUGCCUUGUGGUGGAGAUGGUGAGCUUUCAUUGUGAUCCUCUAGAAAAUGCAUUGUGAUCAUAUUCAUUUCGCA